UGGGGUGCUCGGGCAAGCCCGGCCGGCGCUGAUACUGUCCGGUCACCAUUACCCUCUCCCCCCUUUACCCCCCCCCCCUCUUCUGGGGUGAAGUUGCUUCCCCCCGGACGGCUGGCCGCGUUCCGAGUCUGUCAGAUGAUCUCCCGACUCCCUCUUCUCUGCUCCUCCGCUUUCAAGCUCACCUUGUUUACCGGACCACUUGGAGCCAGAGACUGCGGCACUUGAUCCUCUCAGUCGCGUUCUUCGCGGAAUUGCUAUCGGCACUCCGUCACCAUCAUACCCGCCGGUGGUCUUUGCCGUAUCAGUUCGGUCCUCUGCCCAUUUCCCGGGCUCCUGCGUCGCGGUCGAUUUGAGUUGCGGGGCAUUCAGCAGCUUACUGUCUGUAUUCGCCUCGGGUAUUCCGCGCCCCCCUGCCGACCAGGCUGUUUCCUGACAGGGCAACAAGCACGGCGCCUCCCAGAAGCCGACCUGAUAGGCGGCUUCCCUCACCCAGUGUUGAAUGCCGUCAACCACAGUGCUCUGACUCGGCUGCUGGAAACACCCGUAGUGCAGCGACGGGACCAGGCCAUCAGGGAGAACGGCAACCACGGCUCGUUAUCUGCCGUGGCUUCCCUCACUCCGCCGCGACUUUUCCCCCCUUUCCUCUCCCAAAGUUGACAGUCCUAUACAAGAAAGCCCGCUGGUGUGUUCCCUUUGCAUCGUCUGCUCGCACCACGUCAGUGCCUAGGGCUCGAUCAAACAACCCGUCUCCAUCAUGGAUCCGAACCGUGACUUGUCCUAUCACCACGAGAGCUACUACUUGUCUCCGUUGUCAGCCAGGUCUGCGCUAGAGACGCGCUCCUCUUCCGUCUCUUCAAACUCGUCCUCGACUUCGUACUCGACUCCAUUCAGCACCGUCAGCGCCCCUCCCGGCAACAUGUCACGGGCAUUGUCGCCGGCAUCGGGAAUUUCUGAGCCGGGGUCAGACUCCCUCGUGUACGCCAGGAGUCACUACCCGGGACCAGCCCACGAUCGUGCGCAUCAGACCCAAGGGCUGCCGACGUCGUUGAUGCCGAGCCCCUCGCAGUUCGAGCUCUCCGCGCCGCUCGCUCUUUACCCGCAGAUCCAGGCUCCGAGAGCCUUUUCGCAAAGCUCUGCUUGCGGCGGAUACCUGGUCGCCUCGCUCCCAUCGCAGUCAUCCGACCUCUCCUACCAAGCAUACGCCCAGCCUUAUCCAUCCUUCGCGACGACGGCGCCUGGCUACCAUCCCUCGCCGGACUUGCCAUCCUACCAGGUGCCGCGGCCAACUCGCCGCCAGGCCGUGAUGAACAAGCCCGAGGCGGCCAAGAAGCCCAACGGCCUGAAGCUGCUGCAGCGGCUGCCGCCCUGCGUCGUUGCCGAGAUCCGAAAGUAUCUCACCUGGUAUCAAUGCUGCAGGGCAGCCCAAGCCUCUCGAUGGUUCAGGGAAAACUUCCACCCGGACAACCUGCCUGAUCAUGUCAAGCUGGAGGGCAUGCUGUACGCAGAGCAGUACUACGGGCGUUACGGCGAGGACGAGAAGCCCGAAUCCGGCAGCGCGAAGAGAUGCAAGGGCAAGACGCCGCCCUGGUUUGCCUGCUACCAUUGCUUCAAGCUCAAGGGCUUCGACCGCUUCGAGCUGUUUAAGUGGGGCAACUCGUCCCCGAGGCAGACCGGCGCGAUCGAAGACGGCGGAGAGGGGGCGAGAUCGGCCGGCCUGACGCCCCCGGCGAACCCGCAUUACGACCCCACAUUGACGAGGAGCAGCCUCGCCGGCGCGGCCGCGAGUGACGGCCGCAGCGGCCUCGGAAUCACGGCGACGGCGAACGGCCCCGCAGACGACGACGGCAACAUGGACCAGCGAAUCCGGGAGACCUGGGGCGUCCGGCGGUUCUGCAUCGACUGCGGCCUCCGGAAAGGGUAUUACCGCGCCCUGGACUUGAUCGAGCUCCACAAGCCCCUCAAACCAAACGAGGCCGUCUGGGUCUGCCGGUGCUUGAAGUUCCACUGGCGCCCUCAUGAGACGAAAUGCUUCGAUUGCCACGCCAUCGUUCCUCUUUCGUCGCCGUCGAGGAGACGGUGAUGGCCCGUCGCUUGGCUUGGGGCUUCGUGCCAAUGCCCUCCGCCUGCUUGGAAAUACACCAUCGGUUUUCUUGGCUGUGCUGAUAUCUGGACACUCGAUGUCGCGACAUAAUCAUCAGACGAGCACCAAGUCGAGCAGGAACCAGCUGUCAAGCUCCCUACAGUCACUUGAACCGCCGCCUUUUAUGGUAGAAUUUUUGAUGGUGCAGUUCUGAGCCG